UUCCUCUUCGCAUUUCUACCGUAUCUUGUAAAAGUUCACUGCCACUGGCUCAGCAAUCCUUUUUGUCUGCUGUCAAUGUUUUGCUACCACAAUUUUUCACAGGAAAAAAAGUGUUUGACGUUUUGAGUGCAGAGGAUAUUUUCGUCUUCAUUGCUUCUGAAACUGGAGAAGUAGUAUGCCGUGGAACACGCGUCAGAAUCAUUAAAAUUGCGCCCUUUUUGUGGAAAUUGUUCUACGGUAAUUAGUGUUUUUAAAUUGUUAAAAGUUCUACAUCAAAAUUUGCGUGUUGAAAUACUGUCAAGCCUUGCAAAUUCCGAGCAAAGCUGCAACGUUACUGAUCGUAAACAAAAGAGAUAUUACCCUUCCGUACGCACUGGUGCAGUGUAGUGCAUUUUUUAGGACGUUCACGGUCCGUAGCAGAACAUCCACCAUCGAAACGUAGCAGACAGUGUUUCACAAUGGAGAAGGUGAAAAGUGUAGAACGGGCAGCCAUCAUAAAAAAUCGCCCAAGCAACGAACAGAAAGCGGUCGCCGCUAACGGUAGCCCUGGUUUGAACAGCGAUGGAACACAAGCGGUUCGAAUGCGACCAUCCCAGCUUUACCAUCCACACAGUCAGCAGACGUUGGGGAUGAGUCCACUUUCGUCUGAUCGGAAACCCCAUACAGUACAACACCAACAGGAUCGCGUAGAAAAUGAAAAAGUCCCCGAGGACGCAAAGAAUAGCGACAGUGAUGAUGAGGAGCUGGAAAAUCAAUACUUCUACGAGGAUGAAAUUUUUUGUCUCACCCCCAAAAAUGGUCACGUCAAGUUUGGCCUGGUGCUCGACAACUACGACGAAAGCGAAGAAGAAACGGCGGAGGAAGAUGCACCAAAGCGGGGUGAAAUUCGUGCCUGUUGGUAUCCGGAUGGUCACGAAGAAAUCAUCAAACAGCGAAAGGUAGGGCUGGCAGACAGGACACUAAUGCCGGGUGAUGUCGUGCGUCGAAUGGUACCGGGAAGAGACACGCAGCGGGGCUACUGUCACGAGAUAACAGUUAGAGCAGAUCUACGCAUCAUCGGUACAAAGCACGUCAUCCGAAACGUGUCGUCUGAUCGACUCAGGCCACUGCUAUCCCUGCCUAAAGAUAGUGCCGUUUGUCUAGACUCAUGGGUGGGCAGCACAAAGCAAAUCAACGAAAAGUUAAUCAUGAAAUCGUCCUGUGGUUCGCUGGUAGAAAUAUGUCCCGCCAGCGAGAUAGGCAUGUUUCGCGAUCAUAAUAUGCGCUUCCGGCGAGGAUUUUUUGCUGAGCCACUGUUUUAUCCAGGCCAGCAGCUGGUGGGUCAUAUGAGCGAGCUAGCUAACGCCAAGUGGCUCACCACAUCGAACGAGAUGAAACUUUCACGCAAGAACUAUACGCUGGAACGAAAAUUCACUGUGCAAUCGGUGGAGCUGCAAGGCGUUUCAGUCCAUUGGCAGUGUAAGGUUUCGAGCGAAGAUCUGGAUCAGAUGAUAUCCGAAGAAGGAAGUUUGCAACAACCACCGGAAUACAUCAGUGGGGAAGAUUUAAAACGGCUGAAGAAAUUGAAUCUCUUCGAAUCAUGCAUGCUGCAGAUAAACGAUAAAAAUUAUCUAAAAAUAGAAGAGUCAGAUACUGUCUGCUCCAAGCAGGCUUGGCGGAAGGAUAUGAGCAGCAAAUAUCGGGAGAAAUUAUUGCAAGAAAGCAAAGCAAAAGUAAAGGAACUCAAAGUAUCAACCGGCGAAGAGGAAAACAACACGAAAUCAACUAAAUCGAGCAGUGUUGAUUCGAAGUUAACGGUUCGCAGCGUUACAAAAGCGAAUGGUCAGAGUCACGGUUCGUCAACGAAACUCGUGAAUGAAGACAGUGACGAAGGGUGGGAAACGGAUGAGGAACAAUCGGACGGUGCGGGAUCGUCUUGUUCAGUUACAUCUAAAGCUAGCCCGAGAAAAUCUCCCUUGCUGGCAAAACGUGUCUGUAAGCUGAAACGUCGCCAGUUGGCUGCCGAAUACAGUGGUGAUCGAUGUCCAGCAGCCGGGGAUGAAGUGGUCACUGAAGCGCUGGUUGUGUACAGUACGGCAACGGUCGUUUGGCAGGACGGGACCAUCGAACCGAACAUUCCAUCAACGGAACUUCGUCCAAUACACCAUCUGGACGAUCACGAAUUUUUUCCAGGAGACUUCGUGCUGGCGGGCAAUACUGAUCCGUCGAAAAAUCCAUUGUUCCGAGACUACGGUGUCAUACAGGAUGUAGAUCAUCAUGGAAGAACGGCACGUGUAAAGUGGUUCAGUACGUAUACGUGCACUUCGGAACCGCAGCCAACGUACAGCGGUGAGUCGGAAGUCAGUGUGUACGAUUUGAAGGAUCAUCCCGAUUUUCAGUAUCGGCCCGGCACAAUCGUUAUUCGUGUCGCUAACAUUACCGGCGAGGAUGGUAAAUCCACUGCCGGUCAGGUUUUGGACAAUUAUCCCAACGGGAUGGUGAAGGUAUGGUGGGUGGAUGGAUUCGUCAGCAUGUGUUGGCCGCAGGAUAUUUUCGAGGUUGGACAAUACGAUUCGGAGAACAAUUUUUGGGGCAGCGUCGGUGAAUCGGAUGCUGAUUCUUGGGAAACGGAAGCAGAGUCAUGCCACUUUGGUGAUGCUGAUACGGGUUCGCCAUCGGUAAUGCUGAAACCGCAGCUGACAGCCAAUCUAGAGCGGGCUCGCGUAGCAAUUGCGCGGCUCGAGGAACUGUUCAACAUAAAUCCUCAUCUACAAAACCAAGAAAUAAUGAAAAAGCUAAUGCUGGUAUACAAAAAGUGCCGUUUCCUUGAUCGACUGAUGAAUACGAGCUUCUUCCAUGAGCGCCAUUUCAUGGGGCUAGUAGAACGGGUACGGAAGUCAAACAAUCAGACCACGGCCGAACGUAUGCAGGAUCAGAGGAAUCGUUUGUUUAAUCAGAGCGCAUCCGGUUCCAAAACGACUACACCGACAGCCAACACACCGGAGGCUGUAAAAACUUAUUCGCUGAAGAGGACUCUCUUCAGUCCGGGCACACCAAACAGUCCGUCAGUAAGCAGUCCCUCCGAAAAGCUGGAAGAAAACGAUAAUGCCUACUAUAACGUUGGCAUCGCCAACAUGGAACUAGAUUACGUGAACAAUCUGUGUAUGAAAAUGAACGAAAACGCCGAAACGGAUCUGAACAAUACAAGUUCCGUGUUUGAUCUAGCCGAAGGCGGUUCGGAAUCCGACAAACCAGACCAAGAAGAUAAAGAAACGGGAGAACAGUUAUCCCGGGAGUGUGUCUCGGCACGGUUAUGCUCGCUUCUUAAAAGUCAGCUCAUAAAAGUGCUAGAAGAGAUUAACGAACGGUACGGGAUGGAGGAUCCUUUCAAAGAGAUCAUUUCGGUCGUAGAGCUCAAGACACCGACGCUUGCCUCGAUGCCACCCUCCUGGACACCGUCUCCGGCUGGUACGCCUGAAGUCCCCGGCAGCAUUGCAGAUCCCAUAGGAGCGAGCACACCAGCCGGUGCUGCCACCGCUAUGGUACCAUCUUCACCGUCAGCCAUGGUAUCGGAAAGCUUCCAGAUAAUCGAAUCGGCACCAACUUCACACAAGUUCCAUUUAACAAUUUUCCAAACCAGCAACGCACAAAGCUUCUACAAAGCUGUACAGCGGGAGCACUGGUUGUUGCGAACGGCUUUACCACCCGGGGUGUGGGUUAGGACGUUUGAAGAUAGACUGGAUUUGCUGAGCGUUAUGAUCGAAGGUCCCAAGAAAACGCCAUACGAGGAUGGUUUGUUUUUGUUCGACAUUCAGCUUGGAAUGGAUUAUCCGCGUGCUCCACCAUUGUGCCAUUAUAUAAGCUACUGCUCCGAUCGAUUGAAUCCAAACCUGUACGAAGACGGCAAGGUGUGCGUUUCAUUGUUGGGAACGUGGUCGGGCAAAGGUACGGAGGUGUGGGGACCGUCUAGUACGCUGCUGCAGGUGAUCGUAUCCAUACAGGGAUUAAUUUUGGUUGCAGAACCAUACUUUAACGAAGCAGGCUAUGAAAAGCUUCGAGGUUCGCAGCAGGGUAAGGAGAACUCGCGAAUGUACAACGAAAUGGUACUACUGAAGCUUGUACAAUCAAUGAGCAAGUUGAUGUCCAAUCCACCGGAAGUGUUCCGAGAUCAAAUUUUGACCCACUUCCAUGCGUGUGGUCAGCGCAUGUAUCAUCGACUUAAAACAUGGAUGGAACUAUCCAACGCUUACAACCGUCGGAUAAGUGUUGCGCAACAAAAUGAAAACGAACCAGACGUGUCUCAUGAUUCGGAUGGUUCGCAGUCGAAAGGUGCUGCUUCGCCUGUUACCAGCCAGGAAGAUACUACUACUAAUAAGGAUGAUUUACUGUCUGAAAACAGCGAUCCUACGGUACCGCGACCAGAAUUUCCACUCAUUCCAGCAAGCCGUGGCUUUUGUCUGACGCUAACCGGUCUUUUGGAAUCGUUCCAAAAGCAGCUGCAACAGUUAUCACCUUUACCGGCGGCACCACUAUCGGGAGGUAAAUAACAACCGAAAUCGGGAAGAAGUAUGUAUUGUUGCUAUUGCCGAUAUUCUUCGGUAGGUUGUGUUGUUGCGGUGCCUCUAGUUCAUACUGCGAACGCAGCAUAACACACUUAUAUAUUCUGCGAAACGGAACACAGGCACUAAAGAGAUAGCUUUACUAAUUACAACGUUGCAUAAAUGAGUACGCACCCAAGUCUAUUUUAUUGUGUAAAACAUCUUAAAUGGUGUGAAAUAGUCCUAAAAAGUGUUGGCACGAACAUUUUACAACGGCACGGUUUUGUUACUUAAGAAUGUAUUCGUUUUACAGAUACAUACUAUUUCAUCAUACGCCACCAAUUUGUGUUCGUUGCCAAACACUUCAUUAUGCCGUUGUCAUAGGAUUAUUUGUAUUUAUAUGUUUGUUUGAUUUUGCAGAAACGUUUAGUUCCAUGCUCGCACAUAUCACGGGUCAUAUUCCUUAGCUUAAUGUUAUUUAAUGAUAUUGUUUUAUACACAUAAACUCAUAAGCUCUUAAUUAUUAAUAUUUUGUCGCAGUUGUCCUGGCUUUAUUGUUUGUUUAUUGUGCUAAAAUAUGUUGUGCAGCUCAGCAUUACCAAUGAACUGCUACAUCUAUGGCGCGAACUGUUACAGAAGUAAUCGAUUCUUUUUGUUCCAGCACAUGGAAGAAAAUUGAAGAGAAAACAAAACUAAACAUUCCCUUAAAAACGAGCUGCAACGGAUAGCUAUUGCAAAAUAGACAUACUGUUUUGUAAAUAGCACUGUUGAUGAUGAAUGAAGAGGAAGUAUAAACCCGAAAUCUCAUAAAA